AUGAACCAGUCUUCUUCUCUCAUUGCAGACAGCAUACGAACGCAGAAAACGUCUCUUUUGCCAUCACCUGCGAAUCCAGAGUACAUCUACCCAGUCGAACUUUUCCCUGCAGCGAAAGAGUUCGAUGUGUCACUCAUCGUACCAGCCAUUGUCGUUCCAUCGAAACUCGUCUCCGAAUAUCGGAAACAGUUGAAGGAAUUUGUUUUGGACAAAGCAAAACUGAAGGUCAUUGUCCCUCUUGGAGACGACGAUAUCAUUCCCGUUGGCUUGGAACGACGAAAGCAUAGGAAAAUUUUACUGACGAAAAGAUCGAACAUCUUUGAUGAGGAAAAAAUUGCGAAAUUGCUCAGGAACGAAGGAUGUUUCAAAGCGAACCACGAACUUUCUCAAUCAUAUGAAGACUGGUCGACACACGAGGUACUAUCUAGACUUUUACCCUUUCCCCCUAACGAUGUCCCAUCCUCUUUUGAACAAAUUGGUCGGUUGGCACAUUUAAAUCUAAGAGAUGAUUUGCUGCCAUUCAAGUACAUGAUUGGGAAGGUGAUACUCGACAAAAACUCUCCUCGUAUCCAGACUGUUGUAAAUAAGUUAGCAUCCAUAGAAUCCAAAUACCGCACUUUCAACAUGGAGGUGAUCGCUGGAAAUAAAGCUGACGGCUGGUCACUGGUCAGUGUGAAGGAGGAAGGUUGUCAAUUCGAAAUGGAUUUCACAAAAGUCUACUGGAAUUCGAGGUUGGGUGGUGAACAUAGAAGGCUGACCCAGAUCAUCGCAGAUCAAGCAAAAGACGCUGACUCACCAGUCAUCGUGGCCGACUUGAUGGCCGGAAUUGGACCUUUCGCUAUUCCAUUGACGUCAAAGGGGCACAAGAUUGAAGUCCAUGCCAACGACUUAAACCCGGAGUCAUACAACUACUUGCUCUCGAAUUCGAGGAAAAACAGAUGCACUCGACUUUUGUGCUACAACAUGGAUGCUCGGGAUUUCUGUAAAUAUCUACAGGACUCUGGUAUCGUUUUUUCACACGUAAUAAUGAAUUUGCCUGCGACAGCCCCGGAAUUUCUUGAUGCGUUCAGAGGGUUCAGAGGAGUCCGGCUACCAAGAAUCCACGUUCAUUGCUUUGCUCCAAAAGACCACAACGAAGCCGCCAAAGACGCUGUAAAACGUUGUGAAUCUGCAUUAGGAUGCACACUAGAUAUUGACGAAAACCAAGUCAAAGUUAUUGAUGUUCGAAAUGUAUCGCCAAAGAAGAACAUGUAUUGCAUUAGCUUCGAUUUACCAGAAGCGAUCCGCAGUGUACAAUCUGACAGAAGACGACAAAGCAGUCAUGUAGAAGCAAAAAGACAGAAACUAACCUAG